AUGGAUAAUGAUGAAACCAACAAUAAUGAGGAAAAUAACGGGGUCAAUAAUGAAGAGACGAAUAACAUGGUCAAUAAACUUAAUUAUGAGAUCGAUAGUGAAAAUAAUAGCGAGACCGACAAUGAAGUAAAUAAUGAAGUUUAUAAUG